GCCGCUGCCGCCCGGUAAACGUGUCGGGGAAGCCAGGAGCGUCGCAAAAAGUCGCAGUGCAACUCUCCUACGGUCUUCAGAGCCGGCGCUUUACGGUGCUAGGUACUGUCGAGCUGGGAGAUGUCGGCGGCGGGCAGGGCAGAACCUUUGGGUCCUCCCAGCAGCUUUGCGAAACGGGUCCUGGUGACCGGGGGUGCUGGUUUCAUUGCAUCACAUUUGAUUGUCUCUUUAGUAGAAGAUUAUCCAAACUAUAUGAUCAUAAAUCUAGACAAGCUGGAUUACUGUGCAAGCCUGAAGAAUCUUGAAACCAUUUCUAGCAAACAAAACUACAAAUUUAUACAGGGUGACAUAUGUCAUUCUCACUUUGUGAAACUGCUUUUUGAAAAAGAGAAAAUAGAUAUAGUACUACAUUUUGCUGCACAAACACAUGUAGAUCUUUCAUUUGUACGUGCCUUUGAGUUUACAUAUGUCAAUGUUUAUGGUACUCACGUUUUGGUUAAUGCUGCUCAUGAAGCCAAAGUAGAGAAAUUUAUUUACGUCAGCACAGAUGAAGUAUAUGGAGGCAGUCUGGAUAAGGAAUUUGAUGAAUCUUCACCCAAACAACCUACAAAUCCUUAUGCAUCAUCUAAAGCAGCUGCUGAAUGUUUUGUUCAGUCUUAUUGGGAACGAUAUAAGUUUCCAGUUGUCAUCACAAGAAGCAGUAAUGUUUAUGGACCUCAUCAAUAUCCAGAAAAGGUUAUUCCAAAAUUUAUAUCUUUACUACAACACAACAGGAAAUGCUGUAUUCAUGGAUCAGGGCUUCAAACAAGAAAUUUCCUUUAUGCUACUGAUGUAGUAGAAGCAUUUCUUACUGUCCUCAAAAAGGGGAAACCUGGUGAAAUUUAUAACAUUGGAACCAAUUUUGAAAUGUCAGUUGUCCAGCUUGCCAAAGAACUAAUACAACUGAUCAAAGAGACCAAUUCAGAGUCUGAAAUGGAAAAUUGGGUUGAUUAUGUUAAUGAUAGACCUACCAAUGACAUGAGAUAUCCAAUGAAGUCAGAAAAAAUGCAUGGCUUAGGAUGGAGACCUAAAGUGCCUUGGAAAGAAGGAAUAAAGAAAACAAUUGAGUGGUACAGAGAGAAUUUUCACAACUGGAAGAAUGCAGAAAAGGCAUUAGAACCCUUUCCAGUACAACCAUUUAUAUAGUCAGGACAGUUUUCAGAGAAAGAAGAACAUUAUCCUACCUCAACAAGUGAAAUGAAAUCAAGUGACCAAAUGAAGUGUGCUCUUUUCAUUUGGAAUGAGAUUCAUGACUUUUGUAUGAAAUUCAAAUGCAAAAUGCCACAGUCAUUGGAAGAGUUUCAGUAUUGGCACAGGAUUUAAAUAUCAAAAUUCUUUCAGAAAUCCUUUUUCCUGGAAAUAGGGAAACAGUAUGAACAGAAAGAGUCACCUUAAGGGUGGACCAGGAAGGGGGAGUCUCCGGGUCCUGAGAACAAAGACAGGUCUAGGCACUGGGCAGAUGGCAAGCUUUGUGGCUUUGAAUGCAGUCAGCUUCCCAACCUUUCCCAGUGCCUAGCAAGUCUGUGAAGUUUUUAUUUUUAGGCAAUAUAGAAUGAGUCUUAUGCCCUAAUUCAUCUUUUUUAAGAUCUGAUGUGUUAUAAUUGCUUUAAGUAUGGAACAACAUGGAAGCAUAUCUGGCACUUUUUAUCCUUUGAUAAUUUUGUAAAAUUGAUUAAGUUAAGGGCUUUUUAAGAGAAGGAAGUAAAGUUUUUAUAUUUUCAAAAUCAGAAAUCAGUUGUUAACCUAUGUAUAACCUUGUAUCAGAGAAAUUUUAUCAUGUAUUUACUGUUUAAAAUGAUUUUAUUUAUAAAAUUGUCAAUAUUUUAAUGUAAAAUGUGGCUUUUUUUAGUAAUGUAUGUUUUCUAUUUUGCUGUGGAAAAAUUAAAAAAAUACUUGAUUAU